AUGCCGAAGGAAGACUCGUUGCCGAUGCGGAAGAAGAUGCGAAAGGGCACGCAUAGUUGCUUCGAAUGCCGUCGCCGCAAGAUCCGAUGCAUCUUCCAGUCAGACAAUCCAGAUGUAUGCUCGGAAUGUUUCGCCAGGGGCAGUCGAUGCGUCGAUCAGGAGAACGCAAAUCCAGAUGUAAUCGUCGACCACAGGAAGAACCUUCGCGAAAGGGUCUCACGACUAGAGGCUCUUGUCGAUUCAUUGCUCGAGGACAAAACUGUCAAGUCGGAGAGCCCCAGCAACCAGAGUCAGGCAGAGACGGCGUCACCGAGGAACAUGUAUACCAAGGAUACCUUCCCGCCAACACCACUGUCAUCCGAGGCCUCAUCAAACGUCUUAAGAGACAGCCAGCGCGUGCCGUCUUCCAGUGGACGUCACCAUAUUCCUAUUCUCUCCGUCUUCGAAGAUGCACUCAAUGAUGCCGAAGAGAAAAUCAAAGCUCGCAUGGGCACCCAGCACAAACCCAUGCUUCCACUGCCAAAUGACGGAGUUCAUGAUCGAUACACGGUUGUCAACAAACACCCAGACGAUCUGCCGGAAGAGUCUCCCGCGGCAUCAGCAAAGAGGGAGAGAGUGAAGCAGGCUCUCAUUGCUAUGCUACCUGCAUACGACCAACUCACAAAUAUACUCACCAGCAACAGCGAGUGGUGGCAAACAUGGAGACGAAAGUGCAGCGGCACGUCCGGACCAGAACAGACGCUUGCACAGUUCGCAGCGCAAGCCAUAACAAAUAGUAACAUUGGUGCCAUUGGUACUGUCGUCUUGGCUGUUGGCAUCUGCUCUUCAGCGGAUAACAACGAUGUCGAGCGGUACACUGAGGCUGUCGACCGAUGGGUGCUUUCGGACGAUGAGUACGCUGCAAGCCUCGAGGGCAUGGAGUGUCUCAUCCUGAAGUCCAAGUGGUUCGCCGAUAUCGGUCAGCCACGAAGGUCGUGGGUCUGCUACCGCAAGGGGUUGAUGUAUGCUCAGCUCAUGGGUCUGCACCGCAAGCGCACGGCAUCUGUAGCCCACGAGAGUAUCUGGUGGGGACUCUACCAUGGCGAUCGAUUCCUGUCCCUUCUCCUCGGUCUGCCUUACGGGAUCAGCGAUUCACAUUGCGAUCUCACGAUGCCCAAUUUCGAUGGAGAGUUCAUACACCCGUUGGUCUUCAUCACCAACGUGUCCAAACUCGCAGGCCGCGUCAUCGAUCGCAACCAGGGCGUCGCCGAGCAGUCGUUUGCCUGGGCCUUGCAGCUCGACCAAGAACUCGAAGACCUCUGGAAGAGGCUCGACCCUAGCUGGGUGGACUACUCUGAGCUCCUCGCAACACCAGAGUCCAACGCGGCCGAGCUUCGCGAGCGCAUCAUGGCGCAGAUGAUCUACCACCAGAUCCGCGUAUACCUCCAUCUCCCGUUCAUGCUCAAGGCAGCCACAAACUCGCGGUUCACAUACUCGCGCACUGCCUGUCUCAACGGCUCGCGUGAAGUCCUGCGUCUCUACCAGGCGCUACGCACCGGCACCGUACAGCCGCUGUACGAAUGCAAAGCCGUCGACUUCGUCGGCUUCACGUCGGCGGUCCUCAUCCAGAUCGGGCUGUUCAACUUCGCCGCCGUCAACGCCAACGGCACGCAGGACGCGCACAAGCUGAGAGAAGUCGAAGCCGACAUGCGCCUCAUCGAGAUCAGCAUCGACAUCUUCCGGCGGGCAUCCAGCGAAAAGGGCGGCAAAGUCGCCCUGCAGUCGGCCGAGGUGCUCGAGAAAAUGCAAGGCAAGUUCAAGGGCGGCGUCGACGCGGGCACCGGGCCUUGCCAGGACGGCGGUGAAUGCCACGAUCUCGUCAUCCCCUACUUUGGCACGAUAACGAUCCGCCGCGGCGGCCAGACGCUGAGAGGCAUGCCACCACCUCCACCGUGCCUGUCGCCCACAGCAGCCGCGAGCAGCCGCAGCGCCGCAUCCGCGCCGGCGCCGCUGCUGUACACGCCGACGAGCGAGAAGAGCGGACUCGACGGCGCAACCGUCUUCUCGGGCGCCCCGACGCAGGCGCUGAACCUGACGCCGGCGAGCUCGCUCUCGGCGCCCACGCACGCGGCCUCGUUCGCGCUCGACCCCAGCCCGUUCGUCUCGUACGACGGGUUCUACAACUUCGGCGCCCUCGCUGACGAUGCGGCCGCGGGCGCGGCGGGGAAUCCGACGCUGGGCCUCAAGGACGAUAGCAUGAACAACUACCCGCUGCCGACGAACAACUUUAGCUGGCAGAACAUGCCCAUGGACAUCGAUCAGGACUGGAGCUGGUUUCUGAACGAUGGCCAGACGCAGGGUGGUGGUGUGGGGGCGCCGGUGCCGGCGCAGGCGGGGACUAUGGAUGCGUUUAGCACGGGGUUCACUGGGUUUGGGUGA